AUGAAAAUUAUUCAAAAAUGCUUUAUUAAACAUUUGAAGUACCAAAAAGUGUUCAGACGAUGGAAAUCAGAUAAUUCCCCUGUAGUGUUUGAUUGCGGUCCUAAUAUAGAUGAUCGAGGUAUAUGUGCCGUAGAUGCGUGUGACCCCGAAAAAUGUUUCGAAGAGCCUCGUGUAGUGAUCAUUGGAGCUGGCAUGGCCGGACUUUCCGCGGCUGCAAGAUUGGCACAGCGGGGAAUAAACAAUGUUGUUGUUUUGGAAGCAUAUGAAAGGCCCGGCGGGCGCAUUCUUUCAUGUUGGCUCGGCGAUAUCGUAGCUGAAAUGGGUGCCAGCUGGAAACCAGACAAUACUUCAACUCAUCCAAUUUACACAUUAUCAACAAGAGAAAAUCCACCGCGGCCAGGAGUCCCUGGCGCCGAACAUACGCGCGGUUUAUUUAAUAGCGCUGUCAACGGUAAAAUACCUUUUCCACCCACUAUAACAGCUUAUCAUAAAUUUUGUCAAAUUGAAGAAGAAGCUGCACAAAUUUAUUGUUUAGGAGGAAAUAAACAACAAGGAUCUCUCCUCAAUUUUAUGAGCUUGAGGAUACAACAAGAAUUGCAUGAAUAUCCUGAAGAACAACAACACGAUGCAGCGAGAAUUAUGUUCGGUCUCUCACAUAUGCUUAAUGCUCGCUCUGGCGAUGAUAUAGGAAUGCUCUGUGCUGAUAAUUUAGGAUGCUUUAUGAAUAUGCCAGGAGGCGAAGUACGUGUACCCUUGGGUCUGGUGGGCAUUUUAGCUCCUUUGCUUCGGCAAAUUCCAGAAGGUGCAAUUCGAUACUGUAAACCUGUCGGCUGUAUUUAUUGGGGCACUUGUAUGAGGUCAGGUUAUCCUGCAGUUGUGUGUACAACGGACGGAGAAGAAUUUCCAGCACACUAUGUUAUUGUAACAACAUCAAUUGGUGUUUUAUAUGCAAAUGCCGUAAGAUUAUUUUGUCCCGAACUUCCAGCAUCUAAAGUGAACGCUAUUAGAGGUUUGGGUUUGGGUGCAUGCAAUAAAAUAUACCUCGAGUAUUGUCGCCCUUUUUGGUUCUGGCAUAAAGGUAACUUAAACUUUAAAAUGAAUCCACACACAAUGUGUGGCCGCAUGGAUUGGACUAAUGGGAUACAGUCCAUAGAAGUAGCCCCUAACAGUAAACAUGUCCUGAGCGUCUUGGUAGCAGGGAAAGAAGCUACUAUGAUGGAAAGUAUUUGUGACAGGGAUGUAGCCGAAGGGAUUACGGAAGUAUUAAAGAUGUAUACACAAAACCCGAACAUACCAUAUCCAAUGACAGUGUUACGAUCUGGUUGGUCUUCAGAUCCCUACUUUUUAGGGGCAUUCUCAUCGGACUGUCCGGGUUCUGAUGGAUCUGCUCAACGAGCUCUUGCCUGCCCGAUUCCUGGGCCAAGUGAACCAGUGCCACCAAUUCUUCUAUUUGCUGGAGAAGCAACGGUCCCUGGUCAUAAUGGAACAGUAUCAGGUGCCCGCUUAAGUGGAAUACGAGAAGCAGAAAGAAUAGUGCAGCUCACAUUUCGAUAUAAAGGCCCACCUAUUCCCGGCAGUUGUAAACGUGCGUAACAAAUAUACUACAAUGUUUCAUGUAUUUCAACAGGGUUCUUGUUUUACAAUCUUGUACAACUUUUGUUAUUGCCAUAUACGAAUGAUGUUCAUAUAUUAUGUAGUUUAUUUUCCUUUGUAUCCGUGCUAUCUUGGUUAUGUAGAGCAGCAAGUUGUAUUGUGCAAUUCGCGCCUUAGUUUCGUCGAAUAUGUUGCGAAUACAAUAAUCCCAUCAUAACUACGGCUGUACUUUAGAAUUUUUUGUCAUUU